CUCAAGUCGACAGCAUACUUGUUGUCUAUUUCGUAUGGGUUGAAACUUAUACCAUGUAUCUGCGCCCAUGGACGCGGAUACUCAGCCUCCUCCUCUGCCCGCGGUUGGUGUACGUUGACGCAGUUCUCGGAGAUGCUAUCGACACCAAUGUCUACGACAGCCAUCUUUCAGAUCAGGAGGUCUUCGCUGGGUUGUGCCCAGAUUAUACGAGUUAUGCUCGCCACAAGCAUAAACCUCUGAGCGAGGGACCACUACAACUCCCCUACCAGCGACCUCACCCCCAUUGCCGCAAGUUCUCCUCGCCUGCGGUGGAAAAAGUGGUUGAAGAUCUAUACCCUCGCUUCAAAGAUCCCGACCUAGCACACAUAUUUCGCAAUGCAUUCCCCAACACUCUCGAUACCACUGUGCUAUGGCACGUCGACGGCGUAAAAACACAUGCAGAAAAGUCACGUCUGUUCCGCGAUCGAGGUAAAUGGGACGGCGCCCAUUCCUUCAUCGUUACUGGCGACAUCAACGCCGAAUGGCUACGAGACUCGACGAACCAGCUAGCCCAGUACCAACACCUUGCAAAAUCGGCCCCAGACAUAUCUAAUCUGCUCCUGGGCGCAAUCAACACCCAAGCCGAAUUCGUGAUCGCCUCGCCCUACUGUAACGCCUUCCAACCUCCCAACCCAGCUCGCCUGCCCCCGGUACACUCUGGUCAAGAAGACUACGUCCAUCCAGCCUACGAGCCUUCCGUGGUCUUUGAAUGUAAAUACGAACUCGACAGCCUAGCCGCCUUCCUCUCCCUGACGAACCAAUACCAUACCUCGACGGGCUCGACAGCAUUCCUCACGCCGCGUUGGUACAAAGCCCUCGAAGCGCUCCUUCGCGUACUUGACGAGCAGUCUCGGCCUACAUUCGACCCUACCACAGGCGAGUACGAGCGCAAUGAAUACACCUUCUCUCGCAACACACGCCUGGGCACAGAGACGCUCAACCUCGAAGGGACAGGUAACCCUUUAUCCAGCGAGACUGGGUUGGUAAGGUCUGCAUUCCGACCGUCCGACGACGCCACGAUUUUUGGAUUUCUCAUCCCCGCGAACGCAAUGAUGUCCGUUGAGCUCGCGCGCAUCGCUGAGAUGCUCAAAAAGGCCUCCAUAACGGCCAACGAGAAGGAAGCGGAUUGGAUGAUCAAGGUUGCCGAGAGUCUUGCACGGCGGUCUGAGAUCAUCCGCCAAGGGAUAUACAAGCACGCCGUCAUCACCCAUCCUGAGUUCGGACAAGUCUUUGCGUAUGAGGUCGACGGGUACGGAUCGUAUCUUCUUAUGGACGACGCGAAUAUCCCGUCUCUCUUGUCCCUUCCGCUCCUCGGUUUCGUCGGCAAGGAUGACGAGAUCUACCAGAACACGCGGCGAAUGAUCCUCACGCAGCGGGGGAACCCGUAUUUCUUGGUCGGCGACAAGUUCUCCGGCAUAGGAGGUCCGCACAUCGGGCUGCGCAAUGCGUGGCCAAUGUCUGUCCUUGUGCAGGCUAUGACGGCCAUCGAUGACGGCGAAAUCACGGAGUGCAUUGAGAGAGUCAAGAAUGUGAGUAUUUUCGGGCUGAUCAAUGAGAGCGUCGAUGUCCAUCGAGGGGUCGGCCACGGCGGUGACGGGAUGACGAGGAGUUGGUUCGCCUGGGCGAACAGUGUCUUUGCGCAGACGGUGCUGUCGUUGGCGGAACAUAAGCCUCACUUGGUCCUGAAGGGUGAUGAAUCUGAGGGCGAGGGCGGGAGGGUGAGCGGGUAUAGAGUCGGCGAGGGUUGGUUUGGUUAAAUUACUCAGUCUCGGCAUUGGCUGGCGAGAUGACCUGUAUUCUGCUGGGUCGAUGCGGUCAUCGGACUCAGUGCGUAGGACUCUGCAUUGUGGCACGAAGGAGGAAAACUGCGACGACUAAAGUCAGCGAUAGAAUAAGCCUCAAGCGGUGGAAGGGCCUUUUGCUUUAUCGAGGGUUAUCUAAGAGGCUGGCCGUCGAACGAAGGAUAUAAGGUGUCCGGCGUUGCUCGCUCCGGCUCUACAUACACAAAGAGAUAUGCUUCGAUUUCUCAAGCUGA